AUGCAAGCUAUUAGCAAAGGACUUGAAAAACUGAGGAUCAUAAUCAAACAAAAGCCUUGUGUUGGUGUAGGGCCUUUAUGUAAUUCACAACAGGUAAAGUUGAUGGAAGAGAGGAAUAUGAAGCCACUUGAUUUAAAUCUUGCAGCAUUAUCAGCAAGAUGCAGUAAAGACUUGGAGUUGAAUUUGGCUAAGUCCUUAUUGAGUGAGAUGGGCCAAUUAAUAGAAGCUUUAGGUGAGGCACUAGAAGGUGGAUCAAGUGAGGCACUAGGAGCUCAUGGUCUAGGAGUUGAGGGUUUAUCCCUUUUGUUGGGGUUACCAGAAGAUGAAGCAACAAAAGACUCACCAUUAUGA